UACCUGCUGCUGCUGGCGCAGGAGAACCUGGCCUUCCGGCUGCCGGAAAUAAAGUCUCUGAUCUCCCUUAGUGGCGGACAAUUUAGUAGUCAAGUGGAAUCAAACCUAAAUUCUCCAUUUUGGAUUCUCACCUUACUUUCAGAUGAGAUGGCUAGAGGACUAAUGAAGCGGACAGUAUGUGCCAAAUCUAUAUUUGAACUGUGGGGAAAUGGCAAAUCUGUGGAAGAACUGCACUCUUCACUGAAGAAAUAUUCAAUAGAGAAAAUGGAGCCGUAUCUACAGUCAAACCUUACAUACAAAAUAAAGGUGCAUGCUUUUAACAAAACACUAACACAACAAGAGAAGAUUGAAAGAAUAGAUUCUGUAGAGUUUUUACCAUUUAAAGGAAAAGUGAAUUUAAAGAAACCAGAUUACAUUUUUUGGUUUUUAGAAGAUUAUGGAACAGAUCCAAACAACAUCCCAGAACAACCUCUUCAUUUGUAUUUUGGUAGAUGGAUUGCCAAUGGACAAAGGGACCUUAUUGAGUCAUACAGUGUGAAAAGAAGACAUUUCAUUGGGAACACAAGCAUGGAUGCUUGCUUGGCUUUUAUCAUGGCAAACCAUGGAAGAGUAAAAACAAAUGAUAUUGUGUUUGAUCCAUUUGUGGGAACAGGUGGGCUUCUUAUAGCCUCAGCACACUUCGGAGCAUACGUAUGUGGUACAGAUAUAGAUUAUAGCACAGUACAUGGGCUGGGCAAAGCCAGCAGGAAGAACCAGAAAUGGAGAGGGCCUGAUGAAAAUAUUAGAGCCAACCUUCGCCAGUACGGCUUAGAAAAUUACUACCUUGAUGUAUUAGUUUCUGAUGCAUCAAAACCCAUAUGGAGGAAGGGAAUGCAGUUUGAUGCAAUCAUCACAGACCCUCCUUAUGGUAUACGAGAAGCCACCAGGAGAACGGGUUCACAGAAGGAAAUGGCCAAAGUGACAGAAAGAGGCACAGAAAAUCACAUCUCCAUUUCUUCAAAUUAUCAUCUGAGCGAUAUCCUUUUUGACCUGUUAAAUUUUGCGGCUGAGUACCUGGUGAUCGGAGGAAGGUUGGUCUACUGGCUUCCUGUGUACAAACCGGAAUAUACUGAAGAGAUUAUACCCCGGCACCCAUGUCUGAAACUUAUUAGCAACUGUGAACAGACGCUUUCCAGCCACACGUCAAGACACCUGAUAACCAUGGAAAAGGUGAAAGAAUUUGAGGAUGAAGACAGCUCUUCUCAUAUAUUGAAAAGCCAGUACCUGUCAUACAAAAGUCACAAUUCCUUUCGUGAGAAAUAUUUCAGUGGAGUGACAAAGAGGAUUGCCAAGGAAGAAAAAGACAACCAGAAGUAAUUUU